CUUUGAGAGAGAUCUGGGAAAACCCAUGCAGUGCACUUUCAGUUUGCAUUCACUGGGACUGUAAAACGAAGCGUAAAGGAAAGGUAGAACGAAAAAUGGCGACUGCUUCACCUCCAUCAGACUGGCAAGUCGGCAAAACACUGAUAGAAAGUUUUGACCAUUUACUGACUUCCGGUAUUGCCAGUGACGUCACAUUCAUUGUUGGCGAGGAAAGGAACAGAAUUUCCGCCCACAAACUGGUCCUCCUGAGCAGAAGUCCGGUAUUCUACGCCAUGUUGGAGGGUCCAAUGGCCGAGAAAGGGGAGAUAAUUAUUCCGGAUAUAUCUGCAGAGACGUUUCGAUCGUUUCUAAGAUACCUCUACACAGACAAAAUCGACCUGACAGACAGAAACGUGGUGCCAGUGUUUAAUGCGGCCAGAAAGUACUGUGUCGACAUCCUUGUCUCUCGCUGCGAGAAAUUUCUGUCGGAGAAUCUAACGAUAGAUAGCGCGUGUGUGCUUCUGGAGCAAGCUCACCUCUUUAUGAUGGAGAGUCUGAAAGACGAGUGUUUAACGUUAAUUCUGGAAAACGCCCUUGAUGUUCUACAAUCUACAUCCUUCACUAACCUCUGUCUUAAAUCUGUGGCAAGUAUUACCGAGUCUGAUGAACUUCAAGCCGGUGAGAGAGAUGUUUAUGAAGCCGUCAUCAGAUGGGCCGAGGCGGAAUGUGCUCGGCAGAAAAUUGAGGCAACUGCGGAAAACAAGAAAGAUGUCCUAGGGGAAACUCUGUACACAGUACGCUUUCUUCACCUUCACGAGGGCUUCCUUCUUGGCAAAAUAUGUUCCGACAUGAUACUUAAUUCAGACGACAUACGUGAUAUUAUAAAUCACAGGAGAAAUAAUAAAGCAUUGAUUUCAGAAAAAAUAAUGACGACGAAAAGGUGCCUGAAAACCCGGAGAUAUUAUAGAAAUGGGCCUGUCCAUAACGGCAUAUGGGGAAGCCAACCAGCUGACGAGGCCAUAUCCUUCAAGUCUACAGGAGAUCUUUCUAUGUUAGGAUUUGGAUCAUUUCUUACCAACGUCGGGCAAAGCAGUGUCGACCUGAAAGUAUUUGAGGAUGACGUCUGUCUUGUUCAGACAUGCAAACCAAGAGAACAGCCAAACCCCGAUACACCAUGUAUGGGAGACGUUCUCUUAGACACUCAAAUCCAAAUACAUGCCGGUAAAACUUAUACUAUUCUGGAGCAUUCGCAGCAUACAGUAAAUCAUUAUUUUGAAACAGGGAUCACACAUGUGACUCAUCAAGAUGUCACAAUCGAAUUCAUCAAUAGUUUUAAAAGUAGGCACAGUAACACCAAUAGAGGUCAGAUACCGUAUGUAAUUCUUUCGCGGUGAUUCCUCCAUCAUAUACGUAACUAGGUUACCGGCAUGUGACAGACAAGAUCAAAUUCAAGAGUGCUGUGAGCAUUGGCCUCUGUUGAUAACAAUGUAGUAAAAAUUUAUUAUCAUCCUUCAUUAUAUAAUUUCUCAAUUUUCGGAAUGCCACUACGACUUCCUACUCAUUACUCAUAUCAUUUGAAAUAGGAUUGGAUAAGUGCAAGUACCAUCUUGAUAUAUCUCUGAGUAUUGCCAUUGGUAACACUAUUAGAAAACGUUGUAGAUUUACGUUCAAGAUAAUGAUUCUUUGUUAUGCGUCAUAAAACGAUCAAUUUUAGAGAGAAAAAAAUGAUAAAGCAUUGCAAAAUUAAGCAAAAUUACUUUCGCGGUAUUAGAACAGGAGCCCCAAUAGACAGAUGACAUUGAAUCAACACUUCAGUGAUAUAGAACUGUUGUCAUUAUAGGAAUCAAAUCAAAUAAAAACAAAUAAGUAUUCUCGAGUGUUAUCCAUCAAAAAAUUUGAAAUAUUUCAGUUUAUGUAAUGUAAAAGGUGUUAUUUAACACUAGUUUGUAAAUAAAACUCCCUCAACACAACAUCCUUACACAAACUCUACCGUCAUUCUCUCCCUCACUCCCCAUGCUCACACAAACCCCUUCUGUCCUCUCCCUCUACCCAUCCCUAUACAAACCUUAGUCAUUCCGUUCCUUCUCCCUUUAAACCCUUACACAAACCCUACCCCCUUCUGUCCCCUACCUCUACCCAUCCCUACACAAACUCUACCCCCUUCUGUCCUCUCCCUCUACCCAUCCCUACACAAACCCUACCCCUUCUGUCCUCUCCCUCUACCCAUCCCUACACAAACUCUACCCCCUUCUGUCCUCUCCCUCUACCCAUCCCUACACAAACCCUACCCCUUCUGUCCCCUACCUCUACACAAAGCCUAACCCCUUCUUUCCCCUCCCUCUACAAAUCCCUAAACAAACCCUACCCCCUUUUGUCCCUUACCUCUACCCAUCCCUACACAAAUUCUAACCCCUUCUGUCCCCUACCUCUACCCAUCCCUACACAAACUCUAUCCCCUUCUGUCCCUUCCCUCUACCCAUCCCUAUACAAACCUUAGUCCUUCCGUUCUUUCUCCCUUUAAACCCUUACACAAACCCUACCCCCUUCUGUCCCCUACCUCUACUCAUCCCUACACAAACUCUGCCCCCUUCUGUCCUCUCCCUCUACCCAUCACUACACAAACCCUACCCCUUCUGUCCCCUACCUCUACACAAAGCCUAACCCCUUCUUUCCCCUCCCUCUACAAAUCCCUAAACAAACCCUACCCCUUUUGUCCCUUACCUCUACCCAUCCCUACACAAAUUCUAACCAAUUCUGUCCCCUACCUCUACCCAUCCCUACACAAACUCUAUCCCUUUCUGUCCCCUUCCCUCUACCCAUCCCUAUACAAACUCUACCCCUUCUGUCCCCUCCCUCUACCAAUCCCUACACGAACCCUAACCCGUCCGUUCCCUCUGACUUCUAAUCCUUACACAAACCCUACCCCAUACCUCCUCUCCAUCCACAUCCUUACACAAAUCUUACCACUAUUAUUUCCCUCCACUCUCAAACCUUACACAAAUACUACCACCAAUUCUCUCCAUAUACUCAACAUCCUUGCACAAUUCCUACCCUACCUCGACGGUUCCGCAGAGAUGUAGAACGGAAGCAUCGAAACGGAAACUCUUCUGGGUGAAAAGGUGAAGCCGCCGUUUCGAAGAUAACUUGAAAAUAACGAUUACUCAUUUGAAGACGUUUGAUCAUUUAAGCGGUUAAUCUUAAUGAUAUGCAUCUGCUGAUGGUAAAUGUACAUGUUACGUAUGAGACAUUAUAAUUCCUUUUCUGAAGAAGUUGUACCUGUGGUUAUGAGUUAAUAAACAUGUUUUUUUACCAUAUAAAAGAAUCUACCUGUUACUCAGAGCCUGGAAAGAUCCCAGGUCUCUAUUACAUUAGCCUUAUUAUUCGCAGUUACAACAAGGUAAUUAAACAUUUUUUGAACAUCUCAUCAAGUAAUAAAAUUUGGUCAUCUGCC